AUGGAACAAAAAGGCAAAACUGGUGGUGAAGGUUUGAGAAAUGGAGAUGUUGUAAAUAAGGACAAGAUCAGUGAGUUGCCUGAAGAUUUGCUUCUGCAUAUAUUGUCUUCACUUCCAACAGAAAUUGCUAUAACCACUAGCGUUUUGUCUAAACGUUGGAGAUCUCUUUGGACCUUGGUGCCAAAUCUCAAGUUUGAUUCUGAGUAUCAUUAUAGAUUUUCAGAGAAUGUUUGUAGAUCUUUAAUUUUACAUAAAGCUCUGGUUUUAGAGAGUUUUCAUUUGAGAGUUGAAUAUGAGCGUGAUGCUUCAGAUGUUGGGAUAUUGGUUGGAAUUGCUUUUGCACGCCAUCUGCGUAAAUUGGUACUCACUUUUGAAUUUCAGGAUGAAGGCUCAGUAAGAUUUCCGAGUGUUUUGUGUAUUUUCAAUAAUACACUAGAGAUCUUGAAACUGGAGGGUUCAAUUCUUUUGGACCUUCCUUCUCCGGGUUGUUUCAAGUCCCUGAGAGAGCUGCACCUUUACUAUGUACACUUCAAAGACGAAAAAUCUGUUUGCAACCUUUUAUGUGGCUGCCCUAGUCUUGAAGAUUUGGUCGUGCAUAUAUCUGACAAUGUGGAGACCUUCACUGUUGCGGUGCCAUCGUUGCAAAGACUAACCAUAAAUGAUAGUUACCCAGAAGAAGGUAAGGGAGGCUAUGUAAUAAAUGCUCCUUCUUUGAAAUACUUGAACCUUAAAGGGAUCCAUAGGGUUGAGUUUUGUCUGAUUGAGAAUGCGGUAGAGCUGGUGGAGGCUAAAAUCAGUGACGUUUCUUAUAUAACCAACGAAAAUAUUUUGGAAACUCUAACUCACACCAAACGUCUUUCCUUAAACUUAUCACCCUUACAGAUUACGUAUCCUAUUGGUAAAAUCUUCGAUCAGCUUUUAUAUUUGGAGCUGCGUACAAAUAGAAAAGAGUGGCGAAAUCUACUUUCGCUCAUGCUCGAUAGAUCUCCUAAAUUACAAAUCCUAAAGCUCAUCGACCCAUAUCACUUUGAUAGAGAAGAUAGUCUGAACGGCCAGGAAUGGAAUCAACCGACAUGUGUACCAGAAUGCUUGUUGUUCCAUCUUGAAACAUUUUUGUGGACAGGAUACGAAUGGCAACUAGAAGAUGAGAAAGAAGUGGCUACGUACAUUCUAAAGAAUGCAAGACGCUUGAAGAAAGCAACUCUCUCCACAAAACCCAUCGAAUCUAAAGAGCUCGAGAAGUUGGAAAAGAGACGUCAGAUGCUCAACGAGUUGACUAUUGUGGUUAGGGCAUCAAAUUCAUGUCACCUCGUGUGUGAAGCUGAUACCUACUCUUGGAAUUGAUAGGAUAUUUUUCUUUUCAAUUAGGAUUCUAUUUUGUGGAUUUA